UUUCCGGUUGAAGUGUAAAUGGAUACAUGACACAGUUGUUUGGGGGGGGAAAAGCUAUCUUCAGGAAAAUCGUUAACGUCCACAAAUUCGUCAGCGGGAUUUUGACAUCGCACCGACUGACAGCUCCGUGUAGAUUCGGCCGCGAUGGAGGCGGUCCCCCGGAUGCCGAUGAUCUGGCUGGAUCUGAAAGAGGCUGGGGAGUUCCAGUUCAGCCCGUCCGUGAGGCAGUUCAUCUUAAAGAACUAUGGAGAGAAUCCGGACAACUACAACGAACAGCUGAAGAAACUGGAGACGCUGCGGCAGAGCGCAGUGAAUGUGACGAGGGAUUUCGAGGGAUGCAGCACACUGAGGAAGUACUUUGGCCAGCUGCAUUAUCUGCAGAGCCGAGUGCCCAUGGGAACUGGCCAGGAGGCUGCAGUACCCGUCUCAUGGACUGAAAUUUUCUCUGGAAAAACAGUCACCCAUGAUGACAUCAGCUAUGAGCAAGCCUGCAUCCUCUACAAUCUGGGGGCCUUGCACUCCAUGUUGGGAGCCAUGGACAACAGGGUAUCUGAGGAGGGGAUGAAGGUGUCAUGCACUCACUUCCAGUGCUCAGCAGGAGCCUUCUCCUACCUGAGAGACCACUUCAGCCACAACUUCAGUGUGGAUAUGAGCCACCAGAUUCUGAACCUCAACAUCAACCUUAUGCUGGGCCAGGCUCAGGAAUGUCUUCUGGAGAAGUCCAUGUUGGACAACAGGAAGAGUUUCCUGGUUGCUCGCAUCAGUGCUCAGGUGGUGGAUUACUACAAAGAAGCAUGCAGGGCUCUGGAGAACUCAGAAACGGCUUCCAUGCUGGGAAAGAUCCAGAAAGACUGGAAGAAACUGGUUCAGAUGAAGAUUUAUUACUUUGCUUCUAUCGCACAUCUUCAUAUGGGAAAACAGGCAGAGGAGCAGCAGAAGUAUGGAGAACGGUUGGCUUACCUGCAGAGCUCCUUGGACAAACUCAAUGAAGCCAUCAAACUAGCCAAGGGACAACCUGACAGCGUGCAAGAGGCCCUGAAUUUCACCAAGGAUGUUAUCGGUGGAAAGUUUAACUCUGCCAAAAAGGACAAUGAUUUCAUUUAUCAUGAGACUGUUCCAUCUCUGGAGACUCUAGCCUCUGUAAAAGGUGCUCCUCUGGUGAAAGCUCUGCCGGUCAAUCCCACCGACCCGACUGUCACUGGACCAGACCUUUUUGCCAAACUGGUGCCCAUGGCUGCCCAUGAAGCCUCUUCUUUGUACAGUGAAGAGAAGGCCAAGCUGUUGAGGGAUGUGAUGGCUAAGAUUGAAAGCAAGAAUGAAACACUAGAGCAGUUCAUGGACUCUCUAGGCUUGGAGCCAGAGUCUGUAGACAACCUCGAUAUGUACAACCACCUUCCUCCAGUCCUGAUGGAGAAGUGCGCUGCCCUCAGUGUCCGUCCUGACACCGUCAAGAGCCUCAUUCAGUCCAUGCAAGUGCUCUCCGGUGUCUUUACUGAUGUGGAGUCUUCACUGAAAGAGAUCAGAGAUGUGCUAGAGGUGGAUGAAGCAGGUGAGCGAGCUCUCCAGGAAGUUGGUGGCCCUGCUGUGGGUGAGUUGCACCCAGCUGCCCAGAGCCAGGCUCUGGCUGAAAUCCGCAGAGACCUUGAGAAGUAUAUGGAGGCUCAUGAGAAGGCCAGUUUUACCAACACGGAGCUCCACCGGGCCAUGAACCUGCACAUCAGCAAUCUGCGUCUGUUGGGGGGGCCACUGGAAAGUCUGAGAGAAGCCCUGCCACGGCCACAGCUGAGUGAAGAGGAAGUAGCAGGUCUGCAGUGCAUGAAGCGGAUCCUGGGAAAGGUGCAGGAGAUGAGGGAACAGAGAAGCUCUUUGGAAAAACAGCUCCGUGACCUCAUCCAGCAGGAUGACAUCACCUCCACCCUCGUCACUACGGAGCGAGCAGACAUGAAGCACAUAUUUGAGGAGCAGCUGAAGAAGUACGAACAAGUAAAGGUAUACAUCGACCAGAACCUCGCAGCGCAGGAAAACAUCUUGAAGGCCUUAACCGAAGCCAAUGUUCAAUACGCUUCUGUUCGGAAAAGCCUGACCCAGACUGAGCAGCAGUGGAACACAACUAUCCAGGGACUGGUGGGCUCAUAUGAAGCCUACGAGGACCUGAUGAAGAAAUCACAGGAGGGAAAAGAGUUCUACGAUGACCUGGAAGCCAAAGCAUCACGUCUACUGGAGAGGGCAAAGGCCCUGUGUCAGACCAGGGCAGAGGAAAGGAAGCCCAUACUCGAAAAAGAGACCCAGAAAAAGCCACCAGCGAGGCCGACGGCAGCUAAGCCGUCCCUUAAGCCAAAGGAUGUUGACUCCACCUCUUCUGGCCUAGAGGAUCCAGAACUGGCCCAGAUCAAUGCAGCCAUCUUGGCCUUGGGGGGUGACCUGCCUGAGGAUCUCCGCAGCCUGCCUCCUGAUAUUCCUUCCCUCCCUCGCACUGCAGCACAUCUGCCUGGUCCUGAUGCCUACAUGCAACCUGGUGCUAACUUGGGUGGCACCUCUCUGCCUUGGCUGGCUGCUCCAGCUGCUGGUCUUCCACGCUUCCCUGCUAACCUGCCACCUCCAGAACUCCUAGCACGGAUUGCUCAGUUUCCUACUGCAGGGACUCAUGCAGCACAGGGACCCCUGCCACGUGGGCCCCUACCACAGAUGACUCCACAGAGGCCUCCACAAAUGCCACCCCAGGCAGGGCUCCCUAGCUAUCGGCCUCCCCCUCCUCAAGCUCCCCAACCUGGCCAUGUUGCCCCUGUCCCUGUUCGACCUUCAACCACCACGGUGGACAGCAUCCAGGCACCUAUACCCAGCUACACCCCCACACAACACCACCCUGUCCCACCUGCAGCCUCAGCUGGUUACACUGUGCCUCCACAGAUAGGGGCAUACCCCCAGUUUGUUCCCCAACCGACAGGUCCCAUUCCAGGUGUAGGCCAGACUCCCCAGUCCCAACAGCAGAAGCAUCCACAGCAGUACCCCCAGCCGAUUGGACAACCACUCCCUCAGGGGUACCAGCCUGGACCAAGGGCUGUUCCUGGCCCUCAUCCUCUUCAAAACCAACAAACCUACCCACAUCCAUAUAUGCCCCAACAGCCUGGUGUUCCUCCCCAGUACCAGCAGGCGUUUCCAGGUCAGCUACAGUCACAACAAAAUGGCUUUCAGGCCCAGCCUCAAAGAGCCCAAGGCUACCAGACUCCACAGGGCUAUAUUCCCCACCAACACCCUCAAAUGAUGCCAGGCUCCAUGCCAAGGCCACCUCAGAGUAUACACCCACCAGGACCCCCAUCUUCUCAAGCAGCACCCCCUGCAUCUCAACCCUACCCACCCCAUCCCAACCAACAGAUGCGCCAAGCACUCCCUCAUCAACACAUGCUACCACAGCACCAACAGGUCUCGAUGGCCCCCGGUGCCCAGCAGAUACCGCCUCACCCACAGAUGCAAAUACCAGGUGGUCCCAGAGCACCAAUGCCCCCCACAAGUCAGCCGAUGCCUCCAGUUUCACAAAACUACAUGCCCCCAACGAGCCAACCCAUUCACUCUACAAUGCACCCACAGAUGCCUCCUGUUUCACAACCCCAUAUGGUUCCUGGUCCUCAGGGUCACUUGCCAAGGGGGCCUAUGCCUCAAAUGCCCUCCAGUACACUACCCCCACAGCACCACCAUCACCCUGGACAGCCUCCCAUGCCAAAUAUACCACAGCAGCCCAUGCGGAUGCCCAACCAACCCCAAUCUCAGCUGCCUCAUCCUGGGGGCGUAUGCUACCCUGGAGCAGCUCCAAUGAUGCCUCAGCAGCCUCUGGCACCACAGCCUGCUGCUCCGCAACAACCUCAGGCUCCUCUUCCUAUGACACAUCCACAGCCUUCAGCUAUGUAUUCUCCAGCUCCAGGACCUAAUGUACCUUCAAGUGCCCCACAGCCACCCACUGCCAUAGGCCCACAUGGUAUACAUGCCCCACCUACUCAGCACAUGAUUCAGCCCACUCCUGGAGGCCCUACAGUAUCACAGCCACCCAACAGUAUCCCACCUUCCCCUUCACCUUCUCUCUCCCCAGCACCCUCUCCAGGUCCGUCUUCUCUAGGUCUGAACCAUCAGCAGAGGCCCGCUCCAACCCCAACUCCUGGAGGCACAGCCCAAUCGACUCUUCCCUCUCCCUCUGCUGUUUCUCCCUCCACUUCGCUGUUUGAACGACAGAACUCAAGCACAGAUGACCUCCUGUCCUCAAGUCCAGAGAGCCAACCGGGAGGCACCAAGGCCCCCACCAAUGUUCUCCAACCCACCAAAGCUGACCCUCAGGAUGGGGAGCGUAGAAAGAAAAGCUCCCAGGGAGUUCUCUUGAUCCAGGGUGACCCAUACCAAGCCCCAGAGCGUGUCGCCCGCCUUCACAGUGAACUAGAACGUUACAGAGCCCAAGUAGAUUCCCUGGAGAACCCCUCAGAGAAUGAGGGAGGGCUUUCUGUGCUGGAUGCCCGCUGGAAAGAGCUACAGGACCAGCAGGAGAAAGAUGCUCGCCAGCUUUCCAUUGCUAUUGCCCGCUGCUACACCAUGAAGAACCGUCAUCAGGACAUAAUGCCCUAUGACAUAAACCGUGUAGUGCUACAGUCAGGGAAAGAUGACUACAUUAACGCUAGCUAUGUGGAAGACCUGUCACCAUACUGCCCACGCCUUAUUGCCACGCAGGCUCCGCUCACCGGCACAGCAGCAGAUUUCUGGCUGAUGGUGUAUGAGCAGAAAGUGUCACUGAUUGUCAUGCUGGUUUCGGAGCAGGAGCUGGAAAAGGGAAAGGUUUGGCGUUACUUCCCAACGGAGCGCGGCCAGCAACUCUCUCAGGGACCAAUAACACUCAGCCUAACAACACAGAAGAUGACACCAACACAUGUGGAGCGCAUGAUCAGCCUGCAGUACCGUGACCAAAGCCUAAAGCGCACUGUUGUCCAUCUCCAGUUUACUUCGUGGCCAGAGCUGGGCCUUCCUGAUAGCAAGAGCAAUCUGCUGCGGUUCAUCCAAGAGGUUCAUGGACACUACCUUCACCAGAGACCCUUACAUACACCUGUUGUUGUGCACUGCAGCUCGGGUGUUGGACGCACUGGCGCCUUCUGUCUGCUGUAUGCAGCUGUUCAGGAGCUGGAGGCAGGAAACGGGAUUCCAGACCUUCCACUGCUGGUGAAGAAGAUGAGACAACAGAGGAAGAACAUGCUACAGGAGAAGCUCCACCUGAAGUUUUGCUAUGAGGCUGUUUUGAAGCAUGCCGAGCAGGUUCUUCAGCGCCACGGCAUCACGACCGCGACCUGCAGCAAGAACACCAACUCUGCAGCUACAAAGCCUUACUCGAGACAGGAAUCUCAGCAGGAUAUUGUCCUCGGCGGUGACAUGCCCAUCAGCUCCAUUCAAGCCACCAUCGCUAAACUAAGUAUCCGGCCUCCAAGUACCACGGACGCAGGCAUGGAGGCUGAGGAGCAGGUCGGCCCUCUCUUACCUGCUCUUGACUCACUGGGGGACAUCCAACAGCUCCAGGAUCUCUGUCCUGCCACAGAUCCACAGCCCCCAUCCUCCUUAAGCCCACCUCUCACUUCCCCCACUGCCUCUCCUCCACCACCACCCAACGGGCUUGAUGCCGUUUCCCCUUCUUCUCUGCCAGCACCCAACCAUCAGCCAGUCCCAGAGGCUCCUCCUGCUUCCUCUGGACCAGCUCCUUCAUCUCUGGAGCUCCUGGCCUCGCUGACGCCUGAAGCCUUCUCCAUGGACGGAGUGGGUCGAGGUAAACAGCGGGUGACCAAACAAAGCUUUCUGCAGCCGGCAGAAGGUCAGGGUCUCCACGGAACUCGAGGGGACGAAGGAGACGACCCGCUCAGUAGCCUGGAUCCCCUCUGGAGCCUCAGCAAGCGUUGAGAUGAAAGCAUAGAUUUCUGCCUUUCACCCACUUUACCACCAGGUGUCAGUGAUGGCCUGUAGAUCUUUCUAAUCCUGCUUUAAAAAGAUGAAGAAAAAAAAAACAAAAAACAAAUUGUCUUGGAGAUAUUUUUAGUGGUUGAUUACCAAGAUGUGCCUAGUGGCAGAUUGUAAGGGUUCAGUUUUGAAGAUUGAAAGGUGUACUUGCACUGCUUUAGGGGUGUGAGGCUUGAAACUAAAAACACUUGCUUCUCCUUCCAUCACUGAUGGCUUCUGGGACCAGAACACUAUGCACUCGUUGGUAUUCCUUCAUUCUUUGCCGCUAUUUGCUGCUUUUCUUAUUACGUGUGUGGUGGAUGGAAGAAUGUCUGCUCUUCAGCACCAAACCUGCGCUCCCUCAUCUAAAAAAAAAAAAAAAAAAAUCCCAGCAUGCACUCCACUUUCACAGGAGCCUCACUGUUGGGCAUCAAAGCAUCGUCAAGGGUGUGACAUCGCUUGGCUGCUCUGUGAUUAUUUAAUGGCUGGAAUAAAGGAUGAAGUUGCAGGCAUGUGGAGGCACUCCCAACUCAAUCAGUGCGUACAGUUCAGUUUUUAUGUUAACAGAGCAGCAUACAAAUCAGCAUGUCUUAACAAGUUGAUUAUUUUUCUUUGUAACACUGUAAAUAUCUUAAACCUAGAAUAUUACAAAAAUUGUCCUUCUGGAAUUAAAAAAAAAAAAAUCACUAAUCAUUCAUUAUUGUAAAAAUCUGAAAUAAAUCCAGUAGACAGUCAA